CCCCCUCUCUCUAUCUCUCUUUUGUUUGGUACUGUAGGCAAGAACAAGAAACUCCCAUAGUUCAAACCUUGAAAAGCUUCUUCAUUUUAUUUUAUUAGCUUUGCUUUCUUCCUAAUAACUGAAAACCCAUCUCCCAUAAACCUUAAUAGAAUGAAAAAUCAAUAGAAAAAGAAAGUUAAUCUUGCAUGCCUGCCUUCUUUGUCUUUUUGGGUGCAAGAAACUUCACAUCUUUCACCAAAUUCUCUCACUCUCUCUCUGUCUCUCUCUCUCUGUCUCUCUUCCCAUUAUGCAUAUCUCUCUUAUCUUUACUCGCUUCUUGAUUGUGAAUUAGUGUAGUAUGUGCAGCUUCUUUGACUCGGAAAUGGACAACUAUCACGGUGAUUUAACAGAUAUAGUUAGAGGCAGCGCUGGAGGUUUAUGCCAAUCAGAUGCUCCUGUAUCCAACUGGGAAUUCCCAUCUGAUCCGCUCAAUCUUUCUUUUUCUUCUUCAUCUGCUGCUAUGGAGGAUACCAGGGAUAAUGUAUUUGGUGAUCCUUUUUGUAACAUGAGAGAUCCACUUCUUCAUGAGCUCAACGUCGCUGCAAGUUCUGGAUAUUUCAGCAGUCCAAAUUCUACAGGUCGUGUGCUUAGUUCUAGUCCUGAUGAUACAAGUAAUGAUUUUUCCCGUGCAAAUGCUAGUAAUAUUCUUGCCCAUAAAGUCUUUGAGGAGGAGAUGAAUAAAAAUCCGUGUAAUAUAUUUUCAAGAAUUCAGAUCUCGCAGAAGAAUCCAACCAAGUUGCCUGUUUCACCUUGUAAUUCUCCUGUUAUUGCUGCUGCUGCUGCUGCUUCUUCGCCUAGAGGUUUUAAAGCUUCUUCUAUGGUUUCAAUCGACAUGAUUAACACUAAUAGUUCUAAAACUUGCUUGAUUGACAACGCCGGUCCGGUGCAGAUCUCAUCUCCAAGGAAUCUAGGUAUCAAGAGAAGGAAGAGCCAGGCAAAGAAGGUGGUUUGUAUUCCGGCACCGGCAGCUGCAAACAGCAGGUCUAGUGGAGAAGUGGUUCCGUCGGAUUUAUGGGCAUGGAGAAAAUAUGGUCAGAAACCCAUCAAAGGUUCUCCUUAUCCAAGGGGAUACUAUAGAUGCAGCAGCUCAAAGGGUUGCUCAGCAAGGAAGCAAGUGGAGCGUAGCCGAACUGAUCCUAACAUGUUGGUUAUCACCUAUACUUCUGAGCACAACCAUCCAUGGCCAACUCAGAGGAACGCUCUUGCUGGGUCAACAAGGUCUCAGCCACCAAAGAACAAUGCUGGUGGUUCAAAGAGUUCACUGAGCUCUCAACCCCAAAAUUCAGCAAAUGCUAAGGAAGAACAGAAGGAGAACAGCAAUGAUACAUUGUCUCCAACAAUGCUUGGUGGUAGUUCAACAUCAAGUGCACCUGUAAAAGAAGAGACUGAAGACGUUGAGAAACAAAUGGAGGUGGAUGAUACUGAUCGAUUCAGCGAAGGAUUUCCUCAGAGUUACAGGCCUGCAAUGCCUGCAGAGUGUAACCAAUCUGAAGAUUUCUUUUCUGAUUUGGGAGAAAUAGAAGCAGACCCGCUUGAUCUUUUAUUUAGCCAAGGAUUCAAUGGAGAUGAACAGAAAGAAGGCAAGGCCUUGGAUCCAUUCGGUUUCUUCGAUUGGUCAGAGGACAUAAACACCAAUAGGGGUUUAUAACAAGAGCUAUAAAGAGCAAGAAUCAUCCCCAGCCACCAAUAAAGAAAAAUUUGUAGUUAUUGUGGUCCUGGUAUAUACCCUUGUCUAGCUAGCUAGCUUUGAAUUUCAUGUGGUGAGGGGCUUUUUCCUUUUCUUUUCUUUUUCUUUCUAGUUUCUACCUGCUAUGUUUUUCUUGUUAAAUUUACCAAGAAGGGUGCUGAAAUUAGGAAAGAAAGAAUUGUGAAAAAGAGAGAAAGAGAGAGAGAGAGAGAGAGAGAGAGUGCUGGUUGAUUGGAAGCAGACCCAAUGAGUCCCACAUUCCUUUUGGAAUAUUGGUGGACGAGACAGAAAGCUGAGGAACAGAAGGUUUCAACAGUGAAAACAAGUACAUCCAUCAGACAUGAACCGAAAGCUCAGAGCCGUGUAGAUUGAUACACGAUGAUAGGACUUGCCCUCUCAUCUUUUUCAUUUUCAAGUCUAUGCUCACAUGGCCAGAAUUAAUUCUUUGAUUGCUUUUAAUGGGGGAAGAAAGGAGAAGAAAUCAAAGAAGGUGACAAAAGAAAACACAAAAUUACACAUUCAUGUGAUUAUAAUUUAAAAUUAAAAAACAACCCAGAAAUUAAUUACUUCCUCUUUUUCUUAUCUAGAGAUGUGUAAAGAGAGAAAGAGAUCUAUCUGUAUACAGCCUUUAGGUUCGUCAGCUUUCUGUCUCUUUUAUUAUUUAAUCCACCAAUGGCAACUUGUGAUUUCAUUUUCAGUUGUUUACUCCAAGUGUUAGUUAUUAAAAAGAAUGGAUUUGUGCAACAAAUUUUUUCUAUCUGCA